AUGUUGUUUGGUGUCAUUGGCCACAGCAAAAAAAGUUUCAUCAAUCACCAAUGUUGGGACGUUGUGAAGAAUUGUUCGAGAUUCAAAAUUAUUUCCACUGGUCCGACGGUUGUGUUGAAUGAGACGCCGCUCCACGAUUCACUGGCAACUGAUUCGCCGUUGGACUCCCCAAUGGAUCAAGACUCACCAAUCCAACAUGAGUUGAUGCCUAUUGGGAGAAAUGUGGCAAAGGCCGAGAGAGGGAGCACUUCAAACACUGAAUGUGCAAAAAAUUUGAAGCAAAUUGCUAAGAACGGCACACUGAGAAUUGAGAGGGACUUGAAAAGAGAAGAAGCUAACAAGGCACGAUAUGAAGCAUAUGCAAUUGAAAGGCAGCAAGCACAAGAACAAGACAUGGAGGAUAGAUAG